AACUCAGCUGUAUUGAUUUUUUUUUCUUUAUAAAAAUUGAAUGUUUAUUCUGUUGUAAUAAUGCGCUAUUGCAGUACUCGUGGUGAAGUAAGCGACAAAUCGUUUGAGGAAAUAUUAUUUAAUAAUUUUACCUCAAAUGGAGGCAUUUUUAUGCCAGAAACGAUCCCUAAUAUUGAUUCACAAACUUUGCAAAGUUGGUCAGAACUUUCUUACGUGGAACUGUGUAAAGCAAUAUCUAGAUUGUUCAUCUCUGAUAGCGAAAUACCCACGGACGAUUUAAGUGAAAUUAUCACUGCCGCAUUCACUGAUGUCUUCGACCAUAAGGAUAUAAUCCCAGUUAAGAAGGUUGUUCAAGGUGUCUAUGUUGCUGAACUUUGGCAUGGACCAACCUUGGCAUUUAAAGACCUGGCCCUAGCCUGUGUUGCUCAAUUUAUAGCAUAUUUCAACAAAAAGAAGUCCCGGCAUGGUACUGCUAUUGUAGCGACGUCUGGUGAUACUGGUAGUGCAGCCAUCGAAAGUAUACAGCGAUUCAAAAAUAUCAAUAUUAUUUGCAUGUUUCCCAAAGGUGCUUGUUCGAACGUUCAACAACUGCAGAUGACGACUGUCGUAGAUGAAAAUGUGCAUGUCUUUUCUGCAGAAGGCACCUCGGAUGAUAUGGACAUCGUUUUGCAGAGUAUUUUGAAACAACCUGACCUUGUUAAGAAGUACAACCUGUUCACAUUGAAUUCUGGAAAUUGGGCUCGAAUUAUGAUUCAGAUUGUCCACUAUUUCCAUGUUUAUUUUCAAGUGCAUCCCAACCCAGGUGAUGAGGUGAAUAUUGUUGUUCCAACUGGUGGAAUGGGUAAUGUAACAGCUGGUUGUAUUGCCUAUCUUAUGGGGUUACCAAUAAAGCUGACAUGUACCACAAAUGUGAAUGACACUGUUCACCGAGCAAUAUCUGAUGGAAUUUUUUCCCCAAAGCAAGUCUCAAAGACCAUUGCACCAGCUAUGGAUAUUCAGGUACCACCUAAUUUUGAGAGGGUGAUAUUUCUUCUCUCUGGUGUCAAGGAAGUGCAGGAAUUUGCAUCAAAUUUUGAGAAGAAUGGAAAAAGUGAAGUGCCACAAAAUGCAAAGAACAAGAUGUCUGCUGUACUAAGCUCACAAUCUGUUUCACAAGAACAAAUUCUAAAUAUUAUGAAGAAAUCUUGGUGUGAAUGGAAAUAUCUAAUUGACCCCCAUACUGCAACGGGAAUGCAUUUUGCUUUCAACACAACCAGCAUACAAAACGGUUCCCCUUCUGCUCAUGUUGUUGUCUCAACUGCACAUAUCGAUAAAUUUCUGGAGACGCUAGAGAUGCUUCAAAUUGAGCAUCAACCCUCCAAAAAAAUACAGUCUUUAUUUGAAAAGCCAACAAAAUUUAAAGAGUUGAAGAAAGGUGAAAACUGGUAUGAAAUUAUUUUGAAAACUAUUGAUGCCAUUGAUAGCAACCACAAAAAUACUGUACAGGAGUAAUUAUUUAAUUAUUCCC